CAGACCCGUUUCUUGCGAAUCCUCUUGAUUGGCCCGUACAUCCCACUUCAAUAUAUCACAUCCCGCCAAAAAUUGCCAGCGGUUUGGGGAUCAACUGCGACGCCUGGCCGCUACCCCUCAGCCGUCCACCCACCCAGCAGACCGCAUCGAUCCUAUCCAGCGUCCAGCCUCGCGCUCGUCGACGACGACACGAAACGCAAUCAUGGCGCGCGUAUAUGCCGACGUCAACCAGAAUAUGCCCAGAAGCUAUUGGGACUACGACAGCGUCAACAUCAGUUGGGGUGUUCUGGAAAACUACGAAGUCGUGCGCAAGAUCGGCCGCGGCAAAUACUCUGAAGUGUUCGAGGGCAUUAACAUCGUCAACUACCAGAAAUGCGUCAUCAAGGUCCUCAAGCCCGUCAAGAAGAAGAAGAUCAAGCGAGAGAUCAAGAUUCUGCAAAACCUGUCGGGUGGUCCCAACAUUGUUGCCCUGCUCGACGUCGUGAGGGACAGUCAGAGCAAAACCCCCUCUCUGAUCUUUGAGCAUGUCAACAACACGGACUUCAGGAGCCUGUACCCCAAGUUCAACGACAUCGACGUCCGAUACUACAUCUUCGAACUUCUCAAGGCACUCGACUAUUGUCACAGCAAGGGCAUCAUGCACAGAGACGUCAAACCUCACAACGUUAUGAUCGAUCAUGAGAACAGAAAGUUACGUCUCAUCGACUGGGGCCUAGCCGAGUUCUAUCACCCCGGCACAGAGUAUAACGUGCGCGUCGCUUCCCGAUACUUCAAGGGACCAGAGCUGUUGGUGGAUUUCCAGGAAUAUGAUUACAGUUUGGAUAUGUGGAGCUUGGGCGCCAUGUUCGCGUCCAUGAUCUUUAGGAAGGAACCCUUCUUCCACGGCAACAGCAAUUCUGACCAACUUGUCAAGAUUGCCAAGGUUCUUGGUACCGAUGAUCUGUUCGAUUACCUUGACAAGUACGAGAUCGAGCUCGACCCACAGUAUGAUGACAUUUUGGGGAGAUUCCAGAAGAAGCCGUGGCACAGCUUCGUCAACUCUGAGAACCAGCGUUUCGUCAGCAAUGAAGCUAUUGACUUCUUGGACAAACUCCUCAGAUACGACCACCAGGAACGUUUGACGGCUAAAGAAGCUAUGGGACAUCCCUAUUUCGCUCCGAUUCGAGACGAGGCGACGCUGACCAACUAUCUCGGCGGCGCCACCGUGAGCUCCGAGUCGUGAGGAUAAGGAUCGCUGCUAGUCACUUCUUAUUCAUUCUUGAGAUACCCCUGGCUCAUAUAGCACAAUGCGGCAUCUCUACGAUGUUGGAUCAGGACUCAGCUCUGGCAACGGUUUCGCCUCCAAGCCCCCAGGCCUCUUCUCGCGCCAACACAAAAACCACCCUCACCUAAAUAGACUUAUACUGGCAUCCCAUUCCUGUUCGGCCACAGCAGGAAACCAACAUCCUGCAAUGAGAGACAUGCUAUACCAACCGACGGUUUCUUCAGACUUUACUAGUCCAGACCAAUGUCCUGAAUUAACGGUGGUGAGCCUCGAAUGGAUUCGAUUAGCGAUUGAGGAUUAUGCGACAUAGGAGUUUGAAGACUUCUGGACGUCAAAACUUAUGGUAUGCGAGUGAUGGCGGAUGGAUGGUUUCUCGAACUCGAUCCGGCGUUUCGAGAGUUAUGCCUUGACUGAUGACGCGUAUGUGUUUAUGGAGCAUUGCAUAA